UUUCAACCGACUCGACGAUUACUACAGUCAUCAUGAAAGUGUUGGCAGGCCUUCUGGUGGUGAGUGUGUUGGCAGCAGUGGCCACGGCGACCACGCCCACAUGUCCCGAGGAUGACGGCGCCACGGCCGUCUUCUUUCCUGACGACACGGACACCCACGGCUACUGGGAGUGCAGCAGCGGCAAAGCCGUCCACAUGGUGUGCCCCGACGGACUCGUCUGGAACUCCAAUAUCAACGCCUGCGACUGGCCGGACUCCAGGAAAUAGAAGAUGCAUGCUUGUCCCAUCCAAAGACA